AUUUAGCAUAUAAUUGCGACAUGCUCACUGAUCUCUACCCGUUCGAUUCACCUGCAAGAUCACCCAAGCCAUCUAUACAUGUGCACAGUUUGCCUUGUGUGCAGCUGCACAACUUGUGAUCGUUACAGCGUCGUAACAUGGGCUAUGCAGCCCGGUGCGACAAAGCCAACAGCGCCCUAACCGCUGACGCUGUUCAAGCAAAUACCCGUACCAACGUGAUCAACAGCCGCUGCUGGCUGGCCUCUGGAAGGCAACUACAGUCGAUAUGGCGACGAGUGGGGCGUCGGUAGUUACAGGGCCACCAGUGCCCAAUGGACUCGUCUUCAGCCCGCCUGCCAUGUCCGGCUCGCCUUCCAGCAUGACAAUGAGCAUGAGCAUGGGUACUGGAGUAGGUAUGGGCAAGGGCGCGAGCGUGCUGGGAAUCGGCGCAAGUCCCAGCAUAUCUAACUUGGGUGUCAUCCUGCCGAUGCACGAUACUAUGGUACCGCUGCCAGCAUCCAGUAGCUUUCUCACACCUUCGAUCAGCGCGAGCCACAUCGACUUGGCUGCCACUGGCUUGUCAAGGACAGCUUUGCCGAACAACCCCUUAGCGUCCGCUGCCACUACCCAAGGAUCUGCCAACACCAUGUCGACCUGGACGACACCUGCUUCAAGUCUGCCACUGGAAGUCCCGCUCGUGGUGGAUGCGCCUGGAAUUGCCGCACCUGCCAAUGGCAUUGCUGCAGCCGACAAAACCCCGUGGAGCGCACUAAUCGUCCUCAUGCCCAGGGAUAAUGCCGCUAUCACACCGCGGUCCCGAGACUUCAUGCGCUCCGUCGUCGAACCCGUUGCCAACCGGAUUCUAGAAGUUCUCGCAGCGUCUAACGAGACGGCCGUCAAAGGCGAGGGUAAAGGCAAAGCCAGCGCUGCCGCGGCUGUAUCGGCAGCUGUCUCCCCCAAACCUACGCUUCAGAUUGGAGCAGUCCUCUACGGUACACGAAGGACUUCAAAAUUGAAGCAUAAGGAUGACGAAAUGGACAUGCUGGAUCAUCUGAUUGAUCCUCCAGCGUAUCCCACUGCUGCUCUGAGACGGAUACCGCUGAUGCCAUCAGAGGCAUUCUUGCAAGUCAUGCAAGACCCCGCACAGCAGACAAAAGAGACGCCGAAGGCUAGUUCUGUGUACGCCGACCAACUAUGCGCCAAUGUGAACUUGGACGUUUUGUUUUUCAGUCUUGACGAAGAAGACGGACUUGGCGGCGGGAUCCAGGCCGAACUCGAUGAAAUGUGGUGGUCCGGUGCGGAUGAUGAAGGUCCAAAUGGCUCUCAAGGCUCUGGAAUUGGAAAACAAAAUGGGGCUUCCCAUGAAUGGGAUGGGCUCUUAUUUAGCGAAGGCCUCGUUGCCGCUUUAGAGAUGCUCCCCGAGGAAUCACGAAGACCGGACCAUCCGUUCGUACAAUCGAGGCCCCCCGCGACCUCGUUUUACCUCCUGAACAUCUUGCCGACAACCAAUGCUCCUCCGAAUCCACACCACCCGCCCUCAUCCUUUGACGCACGCUUGUCAGUCUCAACUUUACCGGCACUGCGAAACGAAAGAAGUGUAUACGACAACUGGACAUGGCCACAGGCAGCAGCAGAGCUUGUUGCGCGAGGCGUAUACGUCUCGACAAUCCUAGUGGAUACAGAAGACCCGGGUGGGGAUGACGCGCUCAGGAAGGCGAUCGCCGCUGGUGGCAAAGACGGUGGGCUGCCUGGCAACAGUCUUCCAGGAAAAAUACAUGCGACGCUUGUCGGCCUUGACGCAGGCAUCGGAUCCGCCGUGACCCCUGUGCCUUGCGAUCAUCCAGCCUCUAUUUUCUCGCCGAGUAAUGAAAAGCAGGCGAAACUGCCGGAGCACUGCGCAUUUUCUUUCUCGGGCUUCUCUGCUGCGACAAAGCAUCUCGGCAGUGGCUCACACAAGUGUCGACGACGCUUAAAAGCAAAUCACAAGCUGCUUGACGCAACGGGAGCAGGCUCUAGGGAAAGAAGAGCAUCACUAGCUUGCCAGCAAGAGCAGCAGCAGCCAACAAGUGACAUAGGGCCGAAUGCCACAAAUGAGCAAACGGGCACCAAGAUGCAAAGUCUUCAGCCGCAGUCACUACUUACCCAACAGCAGGCGCAGACACAACAGCCGGCACAGCAACAACCAGCACAGCAUGCGACCCGCAUUGCAGCCGCCGCUCCAAAUGCGGCUGUGCUGAAUUUGCCGGAUCCGCGUGUGGUGCAGCAGGCGCUUGUCCGAGCAAUGGAAGGCAAAGUACCAGGCGUCGAUGGGCCACUUCUACAGCGGUUUGGAUUCUUGAUUCAAAGCCUUGCAAAUAUGAGCAAGACUGCCGGAGCCUUAGUCAACGCCAAAAGGGCAAUUGAGCAACAAGGAGCAGCAAUUGCAAACGCACCACAGUGGCUAUUGGAUGUGUCGUUGGGCAUACUCGAAGGAUUCAAAAUUCAAAUCGCCACAUUACAGGCCAAGGUGUAUCAACAGGCUUUCUUCUUUGCGAAAGGAACCGGCUCCCAAGCUAAUCUGGUCAGCAUUGCGCAAGCGAUCAUGGCACUCGAGCAACAAGCACGCAGCUCUGGCAUUCGACUGGGUGGACUGAUGGACAAACAGCAGCAAGCUCAGAACAAUACACAGUCGCGACCUCCGCAAUCGCAGCAACCGCCGCAACAGCAGAUACCGAACGGUGUUUCGACACAAGCACAAUCCUCCGCUCUAACAGGCCAAGCGCAGCUGCGCGACGCCCAGCCGCAGCAGCAGCGGCAACAGAUUCCAUCGGGCCAGUCUGGCCAAACAGCUCCGCGUUCAAAGAUUAUCUGGGAGGGUCCUAUUAGCUGGAGCAUCCAAGAUCCAAAAGCUCCGAAUGGACGCCGAGAGAUUAUCACUUCUGUUUCAGCGAGUUGCAUGAACGACGUCGCGCCACAAGCAUUAGCGCUUCCAUGGCCAACCGCGUUGACAAUUAGUGCAGUCUCGCCCGUCAAUCAAGGGCAACUACGAACGGUGGCCUCGAAAGGAAUCCCUGCGAUUCUGUUCAAUCCGACCAAGGGACCAGCAAACAUGCAAGGCGCAGCGCAGAGGAACGCUGCCAAUUUCAAUACCUAUCAGCAGCUGGCAAAGGCUCUCGAAUUGAAGAAAAGUGCCGCUUUCGUCAAGCACGGUGGCAACACCACUGGAUUUCUGCUCAUGGCUACACUCACCACCCCGUCUGCAGGCCAACCACCGUCGGCGAAACUGUUAGGGCUGCUCUUUAAAGAGCCCAUUCCGUUUGACAAGGUGCUAGCAACACCGCCCCAAGCAAACCGUGCGCAAGCGGCGUAUUCAUUGACAGCGCACCAGUCUGGAGGAAACCCACCCGCGCAAAGCCUUCCAGCGCAGCAACAGGUGAGACCUCCCUCUACAGUGCAAAUGCCUGCAGAUUUUCUUGUAGCUGCUUCAGCGGGUCAGGCAUCCCAGGGUCAAUCUCAAUCCACAAGCGUUUGGUCAAACCCAUCACAGCCAUUGCAACAGGCACAGCAACAGGCACAGCAACAGGCACAGCAACAGGCACAGCAACAGGCACAGCAACAGACACAGCAACAGGCACAGCAGCUGAUCCAGCAGCUCUUGCAACGCACCCAGAUGAAUGGCAGUGUGCAGCAGGCAAAUGGGUUGGGAGUGUCACAGGCGCCUUCACAGAGCACGAUGAAUCCAGCGGCAUUCCUUUCACAGUUGGACCCCGCAUCGCAGGCAAGGCUGCUCGCUGCCGUACAGAGCGCUGCUGCAGCGCGUCACAACCCAAACUUCCAGCAGAGCCAGCCACAACAGACACAUGCACCAUCGCAGCAAGACUUUUCGGCCAUGCUUGCGGCAUCACACGAUCAGUCGCAGAUGCACACUGGUCAGCAGAUGCAGUUCCAAGCAGUGUUGCAGCAACAGCAACAGCAACAACAACAACAACAACAGCAGCAGCAGGAGCAGCAAGAACAACAGCAACAGCAACAGCAACAGCAGCAACAGCAACAGCAACAGCAGCAACAGCAACAGCAACAGCAGCAACAGCAGCAACAGCAGCAACAGCAGCAACAACAGCAACAACAGCAACAGCAACAACAGCAACAGCAACAGCAGCAAUUGCUUCUUCAGCAACAGCAGGUGCUGCUGCUGCAGGGCAAAGGACAAGCACCAACGUUCACGAUGCCGUUCGGCGCGCCAUCUGUGUCUGCACAAGCGCCUUACGCACAAGGCACAGGCGUCGGAGGUGUGACACAAGGUCUGGACAUGGCCGUACUCGCUCAGAUGUUGCAACAGCAGCAGCGACGGUAGAACAAAGCCCAUCGUGAUCAAGCUUGCUGCACGCUUCGUGUUAGUGUAGAGUACAUUGUGCUGGCUAUCGUAUAUCCAUGUACAUAACCUGAUGCCUAUCCAUCAAGCUCGGC